GGAGAUUGAUUUUAGCGGAGCGGAUCGGAGGAAAACAAACCCCCAACUAUGCCAGCACUUAUGAUUCCCUCAAACCGCGACCUGCGCGUCAAUGGCAGCAGCGCUUCUGGCGCCACCUGCCUCACGUAAAGUUGUCAUCUUGUUCCGGUCAACUGGUGACGCACCCAUUCUGAAACAGUCUAAAUUCAAGAUUGCGGCGGGGGAGCGCUUUUCCAAGGUUAUCGAGUUUCUCAGGCGACAACUGCAUCGUGAUACCCUGUUUUUGUACGUCAACAGCGCGUUCUCUCCAUCGCCAGAUGACCUCAUUGCUGACCUUGCUGACGCAUUUGCGGUCGAUGGAAAGUUGAUAGUUAACUAUGCAUGCACACAUGCAUGGGGCUAGCAUGCCUCAAAGAAGAAUAUGGCAGCCCACACAUAAAGCAUUUCCUUAUACCAUCCGUUUCCGCCCCAUGUAGUAUAGCCUGUUGCUGGCCCGCGACAGGGCCUAGUUGCAACAGGAUGGGCCCCGGCAUAUGCAUAGUACUCUAGGAAUGUUUAGGUGUACCAUAUGUUAGCCUCCAAAUGCAACUCAUCUUAGGCCUUAAGCCAUAACCGUGGUGCCUUCUUGGUAAGGCCAUAGGUUUUGUGUUGUGCAAUCCACCUCAUUUUGAAAAAGGACCAUGCA